AUAACCAACCUGUCACAUGCCUGACGUCUCCGCGUCUCCAAAUCUAACAGUGUACCAAACUAUGAGUAUAGUUCUCUAGAUAACACUAGUAUUUUCGCGAUGGCAUCAGUGGCAGUAUGGACCUUCGUGUUGUGUGUGGUGGGGAAAAGUUUAGCGUUGGAUAAUGGUCUGGCCCUAACGCCGCCCAUGGGUUGGUUAGCCUGGGAGCGGUUUAGGUGCAACACUGACUGUAAGAAUGAUCCUGAGAAUUGUAUAAGUGACCGCCUGUUCCGAACAAUGACGGAUAUCCUCGUGUCGGAGGGGUACGCGGCGGCCGGAUACGAAUACAUCAACGUGGAUGACUGCUGGCCUGAGAGGGAACGGGACCCUCGCGGCAGGCUGGUACCUGACCGGGAACGAUUCCCCUACGGCAUGAAGAGUCUCUCUGACUAUGUACACAGCAAGGGUCUCAAGUUCGGCAUUUACGAAGAUUACGGCAACUUCACGUGCGCCGGGUACCCGGGCGUCGUCGGACAUCUUGCCGGAGAUUCCGCCACAUUCGCGUCGUGGGGCGUGGAUUACGUGAAACUGGACGGCUGCUACGCCCUCCCCGCUGAUAUGGACCACGGGUACCCUGAAUUUGGACGCCAGCUCAACCUGACUGGACGACAAAUGGUCUACUCUUGCAGUUGGCCUGUAUAUCAGAUAUAUGCUGGAAUGCAGCCAAACUUCUCCUCCAUCAUCGAGCAUUGCAACUUGUGGCGGAACUUUGACGACAUACAAGACUCCUGGGCCUCCGUCGAGUCUAUCAUAGACUACUACGGAAACCACCAGGACGUGAUCGUGCCGAACGCCGGGCCUGGACAUUGGAACGACCCUGACAUGCUUAUCAUCGGCAACUUCGGCCUAUCAUACGAGCAGAGUAAAACGCAAUUCGCGAUAUGGGCCAUAUUGGCAGCGCCUCUACUGAUGAGUGUGGAUCUCCGGACCAUCCGGCCUGAAUACAAGGCCAUACUGCAGAAUAGGAAAAUUAUUGAGGUGGAUCAAGACCCGCUGGGGAUUCAGGGCAGGAGGAUAUACAAGCAUCGAGGCAUCGAAAUUUGGUCACGCCCCAUCCUGCCCAUCCAAGGACAACACUACUCGUACGCCGUGGCUUUCGUCAACAGACGGACGGACGGAACGCCGUCUGAUGUGGCCGUCACACUUCGGGAGCUGGGACUUAACAAUCCCGCCGGGUACAGAGUCGAGGACUUGUACGAAGAUGUGGACUACGGCGUGCUGUCGCCGCAGACGAAGAUCAAAGUGAAAGUGAACCCCUCAGGCGUGGUGAUCCUGCGCGCGGACGCGCAGCCCGCGUUCGCGUACAACGCCAUCCCGACGAGGACGCCGUACUCGCCGCUCAACGACGUGUUCCGACUGAAGAAGUAACGCCAUCUAGCGAGAACUGAACGCGAGUACAAUUGAGGGAGCAUUCCAUGACGUUGUCUACCAUUGUUCCGUACAAACGGGAAUUUUCUAAAGGUUUACAAGUGAUUGAUAUUUUUCAGUGAUAUUGUUAUAAUAAUUAGGGUGACAGCUGGUAGCUACGGCUACUAAAACCACGUGCGUGGAUUAGUUUCUUUCUCUGUGACAAAAAUAUGUCCAAAAAAAUAAUUAUCGGCUUUAAAGACUAUUGUUAUUUACGAUACAAGUGCGGAAAAGAGGAAAUUCGAAACGAGUGGCGAUAAAUUAAAACACGACAGCAGGGAGUGUUUUAAAUCGACACGAGUUGCGAAUUACCUAUUCGCACGUGUAUCGUACAACGUUUUACAGUACACAUACCGUUUAAACUUUCGACAUAUGCACGAAAAGUGCUCUUUCACGCACUAGUGCGAGAAAGUAGCACCAUAUGUACUGUAAAAGAAGUUACAAUUCACGAAAUAAAAUGCGUUUGUGCGGGACAACCUGUGGAAUGCUUCUGAAGUGGAGUUGUGGUGUAGGGGUAAGGUUCGUUUUCGUGUGACAAGAGACAGUGAUGUGUACAUUGGCGUUUUUCUGUCAAUCUGUUAGUUAAAAGCUAAAGUUAUUACGGCUAAUUUAGAAGAAAACACCGUGCGAAAAAAAACUUUUCAACCCUCGUAACUUUUUUCCACUUUCUAGUUUAUGUGAGUAUGUAAAGAGCCUGAAAUGAAAGCAAAAUCUCAGUUAUUUUUUUAUUGCAAUCUUAAAUCUUGGAAUCACGGUUAAUCUUUUUAAGGGUAUGAAACACCUACUUAAUUAAAGUAUAAGUAUUGUAAUUAAAUAGUGGACCUUAUCCCUGUACAACUGAUAUAUCCUGUAGUAAAUGUGCCCAGUGGCUCCCAGUCUGUUCUCUGUUGUAAUAUCGGUGUCUGUAGUUACCGUAGAGGCGGAACCCACAGCGGCGUACUAUAAACAUGUAAUGAAGCUAAGUGGGGUCAAUAUCUUUAAAAAUGUAUAGAUGCGUAGCGCGUGGAAAUACCCCCUGCAGUCCAAGGCUUGGAAAAAUAACUACAAAAACAAACAAAAUUUAUCUGUAUUGACAGCUGUUCAGAUGGCGCUUUACAGCCCCGUAAUACAUAACGAGGUAAAUCAAUUUACUUUGAAACCAAACAGGAUAUAAUAGGAUAGAGCGGUACUGUCAUAGUAAAUUUUGUAGCCACAGUAAAUUCACUGCCAUCUAUCGACACACGAUUAAAACUAAAAAUAAAAAUAUCAAAAAAUGUAUUUAUAUAUGGAUAAAUGAUUUUUUUUAUUUGCAAUGUUUGCAUUGAUUACUUUUGUAUUAUUUUGACCCAUGUUUUUAAACUGAUUGCGUAAAAUUUCUUAAAUAACAAACGAAACCGUCAACACCAUCUAUACGAGAGUAGGCCAAAGGUAGUGGCGCCAUCUGAUCGAGAAUCAAAUUUUCUUGAUUUUCGAGGCACGUUUUUCCUUAGACUGUAUCCAUCUAUUACGGAGUUAUAUCUAUCUUUGCUUGAAAUGUAUGGCAACGAACAGCGUCGUUUGUUUUAGCUGUCAAAACUACAUUGCCGAAGUCGGAUAAAAAUACAAACAAAAGCAUGUACUUAUACUGAUUGAUUUUAGUAGGUAAGAGCCAUGUAUAAGUUUCGAUUUUGUAACCAGUAACUCUUGUAAAAUGGGGAAUUGUAAUCCCUAUUUCAAAACAGGAUACCACAUAUAGUGAGCGUGUAAAUAUGAACUGUAGACGGCAGCGCAGAAGUGCCCUAUUCAUUGGCGCGAAGAAUUACGUCAAGUUUCCAUUUUUUUUAGAUUUAAGCCACUAGAUGGCAGGCCCUACUAUGCGAAAUAGAGACAGCGUGAAGUGUAGGGGCAGCACCUGCUUAGAAGCGUGAAUUGUUUUCGAUCCAGGUCACGAGAUGGCAGACCCUCCAACACGAACGGUAUCAUUUUGGUUACGAAAUCAGACUUAUAAUAUAAAGAAAAUUUUCAAUAUCUUCGGUGUGUGCCGCUGUGAGCUCCCGUCAGAAUAUUUUGGUUCUCUUGCCUUAGUUUACAUUUAUUUAUAUUUCAUUUCAGUGUGAUCAAGUAGAACAGAAUUUGUGUAACAAAAUGUGAGGAUCGUUUUUGCCAUUGCCUGUUAGAGUAAGGAUGUACAUUUUUAGGUGUCUGUAAUUGUAAGUUUUUUGUAAAGAAUAUAAUAAAUAAUUAUACAUGUAA